AUGUCUCCAAAUAACGCACACAAGCGACAGAAGCUUGGUCUCAAAGAUUUCUCAGAUUCAAAGAUCCUAUCUGACAUCACGAUUCGAUACGGACCUAUAGGAGAGCGUAUAUUCGAAGCCCACAGGAUAGUGCUAAGUUCGAAGUCAUACUGGUUCAAGGCAGCCUUCACUGGAGGAUUCGCAGAGAGUUCCGCCAGGGAUAUCACCCUGAAAGAAGACGACCCCGAUGCUCUCAAGACUAUGCUUGAGUUCGCAUACGAUGAGGAUUCCCUCCAUCCCGACGAGUUGGCAAAAGGUACUCCCAUUGGUAUCCGUCAUGCCUUGGGGCUGUACCGCGUCGGUGACAAGUACGACUUCCCGAGAUUCCGAGACUGUACCAUCUCUUGUUUCAAGCUUCGCUUGGAGCACUGGCUCAGUCAACCUUCGCUUGGGGACGACGCUGCGCACAAAGACUUUUGCGAUAUUGUUAGAGAGGUCUAUGACAUUGUUGGUCCAGACAACCAUCCGCGUCAGAAGCUAGUGGUGGCUUUGCUGGAAACGAUAGACGAUGUGGACUCCACGCGCAUUCUCAACAACACGGGGGGUAAGCAACGUUCGGUAGUAGAGGCGGCCCAAGAAGUAGCACCAUUUGGACGAGACAGUUUCCUGCACUUGAUGGCCAAGACCGGAAGUUCAGCAGUCAACGAGUUCGGCUUGCGCGGUCUUGCCUCGGCAGCGGAGAUCUCCGGCACUACCGAACACACGCCCUCGCGCAAUCACGCCUCACCGCUCUCGACCUCAGCUACACAGCUCAUACGAGUUAUCAUCGCACUCGCUCUUUACGUCGAAACACCACACCCUCCUUACCUGCCCACUAUGCCCGAAACAACCAAGGUCGUGCCCCUCACCUGCCACGGCCACUCGAGACCUGUGCCGCAUAUUCACUUCUCGUCCCUGGUCGACGAGGACCAGUACUACAUUAUAUCAGCAUGCAAGGAUAACAACCCCAUGCUCCGCGACGGAGUCACGGGAGAUUGGAUUGGUACCUUCCUGGGCCACAAGGGCGCCGUCUGGCAAGCGAGACUCUCCUCGGAUGCCUCACUGGCAGCUACUGCCUCUGCAGAUUUCUCUGCCAAGGUCUGGGACACGCACACCGGUGAAGCCCUACACACUCUCUCCCACAACCACAUCGUCCGCGCCGUCGCAUUCCCCAACCAGCCCCACCCUCAGAUCCUCGCGACAGGAGGCAUGGAGAAGAAGUUGCGCAUAUACGAUCUUUCACGUAGCGACGCGACGAGCUUCGAGAUUGGCGCAGGUGUUCACACCGGAACCAUCAAGUCGAUCGUGUGGACAUCGGACCCGAACGUCAUAAUCACAGCCGCCGAAGACAAGAAGGUGCGGUGGUGGGACUUGCGCCAAGAGUCUACAAUCGGCGAGCACGCCGUCGAAGGCACUGUUGGCUCUUGCGAGUUGGAUAACACCUCCUCGGAGGGCAUUCUGAGCGUAGCUGCUGGAAACAGUGCCUACUUCUUCAACAGCCAGUCGCCCGGAUCGCUCAUCAAAAGCAUUAAGACACCAUACGAGAUUGCCAGCGUGGCUCUGCACAACGGGGAGCGGAAGUUUGUUACUGGUGGUAGCAACCAGAAUGAUACCUGGGUUAGGGUCUGGGACUUCAACGAGGAGAAGGAGCUUGAGACCAACAAGGGCCAUCACGGACCUAUCUGGUCGGCAAGCUUCUCGCCUGACGGAAAGCUCUACGCGACAGGCAGCGAGGAUGGAACAGUCAAGCUCUGGAAGUUCACAUCCGGCCCGUACGGUCUGUGGAAAUAG